UCGAUGGAGGAAAAUCUGAUAAGCAUGAGGGAAGACCAUUCUUUUCAUGUUCGUUACAGAAUGGAAGCUUCUUGCCUAGAACUGGCGUUGGAAGGGGAGCGUCUGUGUAAAUCAGGAGACUGCCGUGCUGGUGUGUCCUUCUUUGAAGCUGCAGUUCAAGUUGGAACUGAAGACCUAAAAACACUUAGCGCUAUUUACAGCCAGCUGGGCAAUGCUUAUUUCUAUUUGCAUGAUUAUGCCAAAGCAUUAGAAUACCAUCAUCAUGAUUUAACUCUUGCAAGGACUAUUGGAGACCAAUUGGGGGAAGCUAAAGCUAGUGGUAAUCUGGGAAACACCUUAAAGGUUCUUGGGAAUUUUGAUGAAGCUAUAGUUUGUUGUCAGCGACACCUAGAUAUUUCCAGAGAGCUUAACGACAAGGUGGGAGAAGCAAGAGCACUUUACAAUCUUGGAAAUGUGUAUCACGCCAAAGGGAAAAGUUUUGGCUGCCCUGGUCCUCAGGACGUAGGAGAAUUUCCAGAAGAAGUAAGAAACGCUCUGCAGGCAGCCGUGGAUUAUUAUGAGGAAAACCUAUCACUAGUGACUGCUUUGGGCGACCGAGCAGCCCAAGGACGUGCCUUUGGCAAUCUUGGAAACACACAUUACCUCCUUGGCAACUUCAGGGAUGCAGUUAUAGCUCAUGAGCAGCGUCUCCUUAUUGCAAAAGAAUUUGGAGAUAAAGCAGCUGAAAGAAGAGCAUAUAGCAACCUUGGAAAUGCGUAUAUAUUUCUUGGUGAAUUUGAAACUGCCUCUGAAUACUAUAGAAAGACACUACUAUUGGCUCGACAGCUUAAAGACAGAGCUGUAGAAGCACAGUCUUGCUACAGUCUUGGAAACACAUAUACUUUACUUCAGGACUAUGAAAAGGCCAUUGAUUAUCAUCUAAAGCACUUAGCAAUUGCUCAAGAGCUAAAUGAUAGAAUUGGUGAAGGAAGAGCAUGUUGGAGCUUAGGAAAUGCAUACACAGCUCUAGGAAAUCAUGAUCAAGCAAUGCAUUUUGCUGAAAAGCACUUGGAAAUUUCAAGAGAGGUUGGGGAUAGAAGUGGUGAACUAACAGCACAACUCAAUCUCUCAGAUCUUCAAAUGGUUCUUGGUCUGAGCUACAGCACAAACAAUUCAAUGAUGUCUGAAAAUAUUGAAGUUGAUAACAGUUUGCAUGGUGCACGCCCCAAGUUUGGACGCCGACACAGUAUGGAAAACAUGGAACUUAUGAAGUUAACACCAGAAAAGGUACAAAACUGGAACAGUGACAUUCUUGCUAAACAAAAACCUCUUAUUGCCAAACCUUCUGCAAAGCUCCUCUUUGUCAACAGAUUGAAGGGGAAAAAAUACAAAACUAAUUCCUCCACUAAAGUUCUCCAAGAUGCCAGUAAUUCCAUUGAUCACCAAAUUUCAAAUUCUCAAAGGAAAAUCAGUGCAGAUACUAUUGGAGAUGAAGGGUUCUUUGACCUAUUGAGCCGAUUUCAAAGCAAUCGGAUAGACGAUCAGAGGUGCUGCUUAAAAGAACAGAACUCCGGAUCAGCUUCAACAGCAGCUUCUGCCACUCCCCCCAGAAUGAUGCUAGAAACACCAUCUGUUUCCAUGGUGUCCCCCAACACAGAUGAGUUUUUAGACCUUCUUGCCAGCUCACAGAGCCGCCGUUUGGAUGAUCAGAGAGCCAGUUUCAGUAAUUUGCCCGGGCUUCGUCUGACACAAAACAACAAUCAGUCAGUACUUGGCCACCUGAUGACUAAUGACAACAAAGAAGCUGAUGAAGACUUCUUUGACAUCCUUGUAAAAUGUCAAGGAUCCAGAUUAGAUGAUCAAAGAUGUGCUCCACCCCCUGCUGCCACAAAGGGACCAACAGUACCAGAUGAGGACUUUUUUAGCCUUAUUUUACGGUCUCAAGCAAAAAGAAUGGAUGAACAGAGAGUUCUUUUACAAAGAGAUCGAAACAGAGACACUGAAUUUGGGCCGAAGGACCUUUUACAGAGUAAUGCUCUGUUGGAACUUGAAAAUUCAGGAAAAAAAUAAGCAAACCACUAGUAUACUAUGAGUAUCUUUUUUAA